AUGAGUGCGGCUGCCGGUCCCGGCGCAUCCCGACCGAAUGUCAAGACUGAGAUGAUGAGUCCCGCGACGACAAGCACAACACGCUGGAACACGCAAAACCUCAGUCUACGACUUGCCGCCGAUGUAGCAUCUGCAGCAACAGCCGGUGCCCUGGUUGCUCCCGUCAUUACGGCCAUAGACAAGGCAAUCAUAGAGAAUGCCUCAGGCAGACAAACAUUAGGACGCUCGUUACGCGACUCUUUGGCCACAUUCACCUUACGACCGCACCACUUUCUGUUCUCCAAGCCGUUUGCUCUUAUCUUUGCGCUGUAUGGGGGCACCUAUAUCACGGCAAACAUCCUCGACACCUGUUCCAGCACUGUAAAAGGGCAACCCGCGACAACCACCACCUCUGGGCCUGCAAAGUUCCUCGCAACCUCCUCUGCAAAUCUGAGUCUGUGCCUGUACAAGGACAGCAGAUUUGCCAAACUCNNUGGCGCGGCUACAUCUUCUCCUCGCCCCAUCCCUGGACCCAGUUAUGCGUUAUUCGCAGUCAGGGAUUGUCUUACAGUGUUUGCGUCGUUUAAUGUGCCACCAUUAAUUGCGCCGCUCUUGCCUCUGAGUGAAGGUAUGCAAGCACAUGUUUCUGCUGCGUCGGCUGCACAGUUUAUUGCUCCUGCUGCUGUGCAAUUGAUUUCUACGCCUUUGCAUUUGCUGGGUCUGGAUUUGUAUAAUAGGGAUGGGACACUGGGGGCUAGGGAGAGGAUGGCAAAGGUUAGGGUGGAUUGGUUGAAGAGUUCGUUUGCGAGGAUGGCGAGGAUUGUGCCUGCGUUUGGUGUUGGUGGGGUUGUUAAUACGAGUGUGAGGAAGAGCUUGAUGCAGAGGCUGGAGUAG